GUUAGUGGGACAGAGAAAAAGAGUCAGAGUUAGGUUAGACCUCAUACUUUUUGUUAAAGGACAGCUGUCCCGGGGUCUGUCAGUCAACAACCUCUUUCAGGUUUAUUUCUCUCCUUUUCCUUAUCAGUCUACAACCAUGUUUGCCGUCCGAAACGCUCUCCGCUUGUGCUCCAGGUUGUCCAUCCCGGCGGUGACGAGGAGGGGAUGCGCCGGUGCUGCCAUCCCGGUGGACGAUGUGGUGAACGGACUCACCGACGAGCAGAUUCAGCUCAGGCAGACGGUUCGUAAAUUCUUAGCAGAAAAGCUUGCACCUCAUGCCGAUGAGAUUGACAAGCGGAAUGAAUUUCCAGAAAUGAGGGAGUUUUGGAAGGAAAUGGGGGAGAUGGGAUUCCUUGGGAUGACUGCUCCAGUGGAAUAUGGAGGCACCGGAUUGGGCUACCUCGAUCAUGUCAUUGUGAUGGAGGAAAUGUCACGAGUGUCAGCAGCCAUUGCUCUCAGUUAUGGCGCCCACUCCAACCUCUGUGUCAACCAGAUGGUACGCCACGCCAACGAGAAACAGAAGGAGAAGUACUUGCCAAAGUUAAUGACAGGAGAACAUGUAGGAGCCCUGGCCAUGAGUGAGCCCAACUCUGGCUCUGAUGUUGUAUCCAUGAAACUCAAAGCAAGGAAGCAAGGCAACUACUAUGUUCUGAAUGGCAACAAGUUCUGGAUCACAAAUGGGCCAGAUGCGGACAUCCUUAUUGUUUAUGCAAAGACAGAUCCUAAGGCUCAUCAAAAAGGCAUCACAGCUUUCAUUGUUGAAAAGGGAAUUCCAGGAUUCUCUACAGCACAAAAGCUCGACAAACUGGGCAUGAGGGGAUCCAACACCUGCGAGCUGAUCUUUGAAGACUGCAAAAUCCCAGAGGAGAACAUCCUCGGUCCAUUGAACAAAGGCGUUUACGUGAUGAUGAGCGGCUUAGACCUGGAGAGGCUGGUGCUUGCAGCGGGACCUAUUGGCAUCAUGCAGGCAGUUUUGGACUUUUCUGUUCCCUACCUGCACGUCAGAGAAGCUUUCGGACAGAAAAUUGGACACUUUCAGCUGAUGCAAGGCAAGAUGGCCGACAUGUACACCAGGCUGAGCUGCUGUCGACAGUAUGUGUACAAUGUUGCCCGAGCUUCGACUCAUGCGAUGGGCACUGGUGGUUCAGGACUUCAAUCUCGACAUCCGACAUAA